CGUGUCCUGUAACGCACGGACCACGUUCCUGAUAUGGGGCGUUAAGUUCCGCAUGGAAACUUCUUCCCUUUCCUUCGUCUUCUCCAACGCCCUCGGUCAGGUUCAUAACUGCCUCUGUUUUACAACAUUUGCUAGGGCAUUUGCCAAUCGUUAUAACUGAAACUUCCUUCGUGAGGAAUAUUCUCUCACUCAGAGUUUUCUUCGUUCCCUGUUGUUAGCCACUUCACUUGAGCUUCUUUUGCAUUUGUCACGCCCUCUUAAGUCGCCAUGUCUCGCCAUCACCCCGAUCUCGUUAUGUGCCGCAAGCAGCCGGGCAUCUCUAUCGGCCGACUGUGCGACAAGUGCGACGGUAAAUGCCCCGUGUGUGAUUCCUAUGUGCGCCCCACGACUCUCGUUCGUAUCUGCGACGAGUGCUCGUUUGGUAACUACCAAAACAAGUGUAUCGUCUGCGGUGGCGAGGGAAUCAGUGAUGCUUUCUACUGUUUUGAAUGUACGCGACUAGAAAAGGACCGAGACGGGUGUCCGAAGAUUAUAAACCUGGGAAGUUCGAGAACGGACUUAUUCUACCAAAAGAAAAGUUUUCGAAAUCAUUGACCCCGCGCGAUGGCCAUUUCACCGCUUGUCGGUCCGGUUCGAGUCUAUGGCGGAAAAGACUGCUCUGCGUUCUAUGUUCCUGCUCCUUGCUAGAGCCAUACGC